GCGCGGUCCUCGUGAGCACAACCGGCCAUCUUGACUUUUCGUAGCCGAGACCGGAGCUCUUUAUUAAACUGCGCCUCGGGAACAUUAUAACAUAAAUAGACUGCUGUUUCUCAUUUAUAAAUAGUUUCCAUAGAGUUUAUUCAGUGUCAGCGCUUUUCCAAAAGCAAACACAGGGCUCCCGUUUGAGAGAGGUUCAUAUUACUUGUUCAAACGAGUGGAGGAGCGAAACUUGGAUUGGACUAAUACUCGUCAUGGCGACCGCUACACCGAGCCGAGAAUCAGGCCGUCCUGCGGCCUCGACUCCUCUCUCCCCAACUCGGAUAUCUCGCUUGCAGGAGAAGCAAGAAUUGCAGCAUCUAAACGACCGCCUGGCGGUCUAUAUAGACCGGGUCCGUUCUCUGGAGCUGGAGAAUGACCGUCUGAUGGUGAAGGUGUCGGAGAAGGAGGAGGUGACUACUCGAGAGGUGAGCGGUUUAAAGGUGUUGUACGAGGCAGAGCUGGCAGAUGCUCGCCGUGUUCUUGAUGAGACUGCUAGAGAGAGGGCCAGGUUGCAGAUCGACCUGGGAAAGGCUCAAGCUGACUUGGAGGAAACCAGCCGCAGCCUGAAGAAGAAAGAUGGAGACCUGGCUGCAGCUGUCUCCCGGGCCUCAGCUCUUGAAGGACAGCUGAACCAGAGUGAGGCGGCUCUGGCUACUGCCUUAAGCCAAAAUGCUGCUCUCAGUGCAGAACUUGGAGAUGUUAAAUCCAUGCUGGCUAAGGCUGAAGAUGGACACACUGUUUCCAAGCGGCAGUUGGAAGCUGAAACCCUGAUGCGCGUUGAUCUGGAAAACCGCUGCCAGUCCUUGUCUGAGGAGCUGGAGUUCCGAAAGAACAUGUUUGAGGAGGAGGUGCGCGGGUCUCGGCGUAGGCAAGAGCAGAGAAUUGUGGAAGUGGAUUCUGGAGUUAGACAGGACUAUGAGUUUAAACUGGCACAGGCUUUACAGGACCUUAGGAAGCAGCACGACGAGCAGGUUUCACUGUACAAGGAGGAGCUGGAGCACACCUUCCAGGCCAAGCUGGGUAAUGCCUUGGUUUCGUCAGAGAUGAACGACAAGGCAAUGGGCACAGCCAGGGAGGAAGUGCAUGAGGCUCGUACCAGGAUAGAAAGCCUUGGAUACCAGCUGAGCUCGUUGCAGAAACAGGCCUCCGCCGCAGAAGAGCGCGCUAGAGAGCUUGAAGAGCUGUUAUCCGCAGAGAAAGACAAGCACCGUCGUUCCGUUGAGGGGAAAGAAAUGGAAAUGAGCGAGCUGAGAGACCGGAUGAAUGCCCAACUGAAUGAGUACCAGGAACUCCUGGAUGUCAAGUUGGCUCUUGAUAUGGAAAUCAACGCCUACAGGAAGCUGCUGGAGGGCGAGGAGCAUCGGCUGAAGCUGUCCCCCAGUCCCUCGUCCCGCGUGACCGUUUCCAGGGUGACGGGCUCCUCGACCCGCAGCACCAAAAGGAAGAGGCUUGAGGUGGAGGAAGGGGCCUACCUGGAGGCGGCGAGUGGCCAACUCCUUGUGUCCGAGGAAGCCACGGCUAGUGGAGCAGUGACCAUCUUGCCCACUGACAUGGACGGGAACGCUGUCACACUGGCCAACGACACUGAACAGGAUCAGCCUCUCGGCAGCUGGCGCUUGAAAAGGCAGGUGGACGGAGGAGAGGAGGUCACUUACAAGUUCUCUCCAAAGUUUAUCCUCAAGGCUGGCCAGUCCGUGACGGUCUGGUCCGCAGAUGCAGGUGUUGCUCACAGUCCCCCAUCCGACCUGCUGUGGAAGAGCCAGGCUUCCUGGGGAACAGGAAGUGACAUCCUCACCACUUUGGUCAAUGCCGAUGGAGAGGAGGUGGCUAAGAGGAGUGUGGCUAAGACCGAGGUAGAGAAUGGAGAGGAGGAGGAGGAGGAGGAAGAAGAAGAGGAAGAGGAUGAGAUGGUUGUUGGAACGGGCAAGAAGGCAUCUUCUAGAGAGUGUGCCAUUAUGUGAGCUUCUCCCUCUUUCCAAUUUUUACUCCUGGUUUUCACCAUAGAGCCACUCGCAUAUUUUUCUAUUUGUCUUGUCAUCUAGUUUUUGUUUUUGCUUUUUUAUGGCUAAGCAAGACAUGGACUUUUUUUUUUAAACGUUUCUACUGUUGUGCCCAGCCAUGGACCUGCUUUUGAUAAUGUACACAACUAGUUAUCUUUAUGAUGUUCAGUCAUAAAGAUGGAGAGAACUAUAUGCCAACACUGAAGUUGACAUCUGCCUGUGACUUUUGACCUUAUGUUGUUACCUUUAGAGAAUCUAAGGUAGUUGCUUCGGAUAUUGUUUGUUUUGAGGUUUGUUGGUUUAAGGAAGCUGCCGACACAUCUUAUAUUUGAACUCCCGAUAUAAAUGAUUGCCUCUGAAUCAUUUCUGUAUACUGGUAACCAAUAGGUAGGAUUUCCCACCAAUUUCUUUUAUUUAGAUCAACAAUAAUGUUUCAGUAAGCAAUCAGAAAAUGGUAAUGAUGUAGUUUCACAGGAUAAAUGUUAACACAAAUUUUACCCUACCAUCAAUGGCGACGGCAGAUUGGCUCCCAAUGAAUGGGAUGUCAUUACUUGGGAUGUAUUCAGCCUGCCAUUGUUUUUUGUGACUAAUUUCACUUGGAGAACUAUUUCAUAUAUUUGAAUGUCCUUAAAUGCAGCUGAUCAUUUCAUGCAAAAACCUUCCAUGAUGGGUUUUCCGUCAAGCGUGGGCAGGGGGGGAAAGAGGGAUGAUUAAUAUGAAGCUAUUAUGGUUGUAUUUCUUAAAUUACUUUUUACGUUAUUCCUUGAAAAUUGCAGUGGUAAUGAAAACUUCUUGACAUGACUAGCAUCAUGUCAAGAAGGGUUGUACUCAAUGUGGGAAUAUUAAUGUAAUACUUUCAAAAUAUAAUAUCUCAACUUAGAAUGUUGGACCCAGACAUGUCUAUAAUUGGAGUAUUAAAAUAGAUACUUGGAAAAUAAUGCCACAUCACCAGAGAGUAUUAAUACAAUGGCUGGAUCCCCGUAAUGCCAUUGAAUCUCUCAAUGUGUGGACCACAGGUGGCUGUUUAAAGUUUAACAUGUUUAAACAUUACUUCACUGAGCUGUCACUUUAAUUCAAAGUGAAUUUUAAGCAUACAUUUAACCAUUCUACACUCCUCUGUAAUCUGAAUGAUGGUUAAAUUGUGUAUUGACAAAAAAUAAAAUAAAGCUAGAAGGCUGGUUAAUAAAAUGUGUUGGAUAGUCAUUAGGCUAUUAUUGAUUGCGUCCAACACCUCAUUCUGUGAAAUCCUAGUCUUAUCAACUUGUUUUUCAGUAUAGUUGCUCAUUUUCUUUCAUGUCAUCUGACAUUGCUGUACCUUGUUGGGCAAAAAAUUAUUUCCACUAGAAAUUAUGUCCAAAUUGGCAAAAGUUAGCAUGGCUCCGCCCGCCUUAGUACUUCCGCUCAAUUUGAAUUUCCCUUCAGUACUAGGUCUGGGUCUGCAGUAUGUUAGUGGGUUUUCUCUGUCUAGAGUGGCUGAGAUCAAUGACGUUAAAGUCAGCUCUCGUUGACUGACAUCUUCACGCACAGUGUUUGGUUUGUUUACAGCCUGCGCGCAACGUGAUUCCCGGCCAAACGUUAGCGAUUGGUUAUGGCAGAUCCAGAGUGGCACUGGGCAGAUCCAAUAGUUUUUAUCUUCAACAGACACCCGCCUUCAAGUGAGUUAACGUUUGUCAAUUGAGUAGGUCCAGACUCUCCGUACAAAUUAAAUGAAGUAAGAGAGUCUGGUAGGACCAGGCUAGGCAACAGUAAUAUGCCUGAGCCAAAUUGGCAGAGUGCUGGACCUUUUAAAAGGUUGUUAAAUCGUGAAUGUAAAGAUUUGAAUUGCCUCUAAAGGUGCGUUCACACAAAAAGCGAAGCAAAUAGUGUAUUUGCGUAACUAACCGCAAACUUUUCUAGCACAAGUGAUCAGCAUCGAGAGAAAUUCGCACCAAAGUUUAAAUAUUUCAACCUGAACCAACAUGCAAAUUUGCAUCGUUUGUGUGAACCAUGUAGUUCAGGCCGCCUGUUUGGUUGUUAAAAAUGUGCAUCUAUUUGUGUCUUUGCAUUGACUUUGUACGAAUUCGCGCCAGUUCGCUUUUGGUGUGAACGCACCUUUAGCCCCGCCAACACCGCCAGUAGCAGGAGAAGUGUGGUGGGCUAGGUCGUUUGGAUGCUUUGAUUAUAAAUGUAUACUGCCGUUAGACUAUCUGUUGGCAUAACUUUGUGUUCAGUAAUGGGAUCUAAUGAUGCAAUGUAUACACUGCUUUUCAGAUAGUAUUGUAUCACCCUGGGAAUUGGCUACUAUAUUGUGUGUAUUUCAAUGCAUUGCUUGUCAUAAACAUAUUUAGGCAUUUUUAUGAUGUAAUCCAUUUGUUUAGAAAUAUUGGUAAACAUUUGUAUGUGUCUCAGGGUGUUGAGGGUAAUUUGGAUGUUCGGAAUAGUGUUUUUCCAGUGUGACCCAGAUAAUUGUCAUCCUGCAUUCAAAGAAAACUAAGAAUGCAAAUUCUGCCUUGGGUUGUGUACCGCUUAAAGCCAGCCAAUAAACUCAUUGAAAUAGGAAGCCUUAUUAGGAAUUUAUAUUAUUCCAGUAUUCUGAUAAUUGGACAAUAAGACCACUACACCAUUUACACUGUAGCCAAAUGAUCACAGGUCCCUGGUGCCUGACAUGAAGGUCUGGUCAUGCUCUGUGCUUCACACUUUAAAUAUGCACUUUGUUAAUCCUGUAUAGAUUUGCACAGGAUUAGUCACCAGGCAUCCCUAGCUAAAACUAGUCCACACCCAAUAAUGUUGGGUGAAUAAUGUUAAAAUUGGGUCUCACUACCUUGACAACACUGAACCAUAACACCCAAAUCCUAAUCACCAUUGAAGUGUGUGUGGGGGGUGCAUGCCAAAUGUCUUUACAUUCACCUUGAUAUAACUUUGUAUACAUAAAUGUUUUUCAAAUA